UGCGUGAGCGCGCAGCGAGGUCGUGAGCGCACAUAGCUGUUGCCUAAUGAGACACGCGUGCGCGCUAAUAUCGGGUCAUCUGAUUAUUGAUCGAGCGAUUGAGGGAUUGAUCGAUCGAUGAUGUCCGCGCUGGAGGAGUACGAGCGCGCGCCCAAGCGUCUGAAGGUCUCGCCUGAGGAUGACGAGGAGCUCGAGGAAGGCGAGGAGUCAGAUUCAGCAUCCGCGGGGCUCGUGCGCGAUGACGAGGAUGAAGAUGAAAACGAAGGGCAGCGCAGAGCGCGCAGGAAGGAUCACGCCUCUGACACGCAUCACAUCGCUCCGUCUCCGGUGGUUCACGUUCGUGGAUUGUGCGAGUCUGUGGUGGAGGCUGAUCUGGUGGAGGCCUUGGACAAAUUUGGGAACAUCUGUUAUGUCAUGAUGAUGCCGUUUAAGCGUCAGGCUCUGGUGGAGUUUGAGGACCUGGAGAGCGCUGACCGCUGCGUGUCGUGCGGCUCUCGGGAGGCCGUCUACAUCGCCGGACAGCAGGCGUACUUCAACUACUCCACCAGCAAACGCAUCACCCGACCCACCAAUGCCGACGACCCCAACAGCGGCAACAAAGUGCUGCUGCUGUCCAUCCAGAAUCCACUCUAUCCCAUCACUACGGAUGUUUUGUAUACGGUCUGUAAUCCAAUUGGUAAUGUGCAGCGGAUCGUCAUCUUCAAGAGGAACGGCAUUCAAGCCAUGGUGGAAUAUCCUUCCUGUGUGACAUGUCUCCAUGGAGACACAUUUGUGUGUGUGUGUGUUUUGAGCUUUUCCUUGACUGCCGUCACAUUUGAAUCCAUCCAGAAUGCUCAGAAGGCCAAAUCCGCUCUGAACGGGGCUGACAUCUACGCCGGCUGCUGCACGUUGAAAAUCGAAUACGCUCGGCCGUCACGCUUAAAUGUCAUGAGAAACGACAACGACAGCUGGGAUUACACCAAACCCUUCCUGCUGAGACGAGAUCGUGGUAAAGGUCGUCAGAGACAGGCCAUACUGGGAGAGCAUCCGUCCUCUUACUCUGAUAAUGGAUACGGGUCUCACUGCCCCCUGCUGCCUCUGCCGGGUAAUAACCGCUUCAAACGCUCCUCUCAUGACAUCCAUGAGGCGGUGACGUAUCCACUGCCACAGAGCUCAUCCUACAUGAGCCACGCCUCCAGCUCUGUCGCCAUGGUGAGCGGUCUCCAUCCCUCCAAGAUGAACUGCGCGCACAUCUUCAAUCUCUUCUGUCUCUAUGGCAACAUUGAGAAGGUGAAGUUUAUGAAGAGUGUUCCUGGCACGGCUCUGGUGGAGAUGGGUGAUGAAUAUGCAGUUGACAGAGCGAUUACACACCUCAACAGCAUCAAAGUGUUCAGCAAACGACUCAACGUCUGUGUGUCGAAGCAGCACGCUGUGAUACCCAGUCAGGUGUUUGAGUUAGAGGACGGCUCCAGCAGCUAUAAGGACUUCGCCAUGACCCGCAACAACCGCUUCACCAGCGCCGGUCAGGCCUCUAAAAACAUCAUCCAGCCUCCGUCCUGCGUCCUGCAUUUCUAUAACGUCCCUCCGUGUGUCAGCGAGGACGAUCUUCAGCGGUUAUGCACCCAACACGACGUCCCAGGAUUCAUCAAAUACAAAGUGUUCGAUGCCAAACCCAGUUCAAAAACCAUCUCUGGACUUCUGGAGUUCGACAGUAAAACUCGCGCUGUGGAAGUUCUGACGGUUCUCAAUCACUAUCAGAUCCGAAUACCCAACGGUUCAAACCCGUACACGCUGAAACUCUGUUUCUCCACCUCUUCACAUCUCUGAGACCUCUGCCAGCAUCACUUCAUCAUCUCCUGGACUCUCUGGUCUCCUCCAUGUUUCUUUCAGCACACGACAAAGCGGAAAACUGACAGACGCGCCCUCUGGAUGAAAACACCAUGAUGUCACACGAAUGAAUGACCCGGGCGCUUUUUUCUGCAGCCUGACAUCCAGAAACAGACAAUAAAUGAACGAAUGAAGUCCCAUCAUGAGAUGAAACUGAAUCCACGCGUGAGAGCGAGAGACUACAUGUUUAUAGCGUGUCGUUCAGAUAUUUAUGCGUACAGCACCUGGUUUGAGUUCAUGAAAGCACUUGACUAGUCACAUGACCUGUAGUUGAGAUGAUUGAAGUGUUUUGUGAUCGAUGAAAUAAGACAGGUCAGAUUUACUUGGCUGUUAUUUAAAGGGACAGUUCAUCCAAAAAUGAAAAAUCUCUCAUCAUUUACUCACCCUCAGGUUGUUUCAAACCCGUAUACAUUUAUUUGUUCUGUUAAACACAGAGAAAGAUAUUUGGAAGAAUGUUAGCCAUUUUCAGUUCUGGGACAUCAUCCACUACCGUAGUAGGAAAAAUAUUGUAUUUUUUGUUCUGUUGAACACGUAAUGAGACAUUUUGAAAAAUUUAGGAAAACAAAGAGUUCUCGGGCACCUUUGACUACCAUUUAACUCUUCCUACUAUGGCACUGAAUGAUGUCCCGGAACUGAAAAUUGCUAACAUUCUUCCAAAUAUCUUUCUUUGUGUUCAUCAUAACAAAGGUCAUUUAUACAGGUCUGAAGUUACAUGAGCGUGAGUAAAUGAUGACAGAUUUUUUAUUUUUAGGUGCACUGUCCCUUUAAAUGAUAAUUAUGAUUGUAAUCACACGCAGUUGAGUAACAAUAGAGACAAUCAGAAACACAAUCACGAAUCAUCGAUUCGACACACGCACAGACACACACACACACAUAUACACACACACACAUGUUUGUAUUGCUAUACUAGUGGGGAUAUUACAUAGACUUCCAUUGAUUUUAUAUCAGGUUUAUGUUAUGUUCUAUCCCCUAACCCUAAUAAUCCCACAAACAUGUGCAAGACAUUAGAUUUAAAGAAAACGGCAUUUGAGCGAAUGAUGAGCCUUCUUAUGUAGUGAGAACCAGUCAAAUGUCCUCACAAGUGGGUUCACACGUAUUUCACUGUGGUACUGAGAUUGACAUUUGGCCCUCACAAAUAUAGCUAAACCUGUACACACGCACACACACAGACCAGGUUUUGCAUCUUUAACUCCAUUUUCAAAUGAGAAAUGACAUUUUCAGAUUCAGUAGAACCAAAAUCUUCUUGUUUAUAGAGUUCACAUGGUCAAUGACACAGAUGUGUUUACAGUUGAUGAGUGCAGAAAAGGAAUCUCAGACAAGGAAGAAUGAUCAAAAACUGAUCUGGAUAAAGCUAAACCGCUGGAGUUUCAAUAGAGGAUGCAAUAUUUACUGCAGUUCUGUGACUCUUCUGCUGUAUAUCAGAUGGACUUGUUUAUUUGUUCAUGUGUGUAACUGACACGUCGACACACGUCAUUAAAUCAUCUGCAGGUCUA